AUGUACUCAGGAGUGGUGAGAGAGGACGUGAAGUGUCUCUCCCAGUACCCAAGCCUCGGUUACCUAAAGCAUCUGAAUCUCAGCUACCUGCCGCUGUUCCGCCUCAGUCUUGAGCCCCUCGGAGCUCUGCUAGAGAAAGUUGCUGCCACUCUCGAGACCCUCAUCUUGGAGGGCUGUCAGAUCCACUACUCCCAACUCAGUGCCAUCCUGCCCGGCCUGAGCCGCUGCUCCCAGCUCACCACCUUCUACUUCGGCAGAAAUUUCAUGUCUAUGGACGCCCUGAAGGACCUACUGCGCCACACCAGUGGGCUGAGCAAGUUAAGCCUGGAGACGUAUCCCGCCCCUUGGGAGAGUUUGGAUUCCUUGGUUCCUGUCAAUUGGAAGAUCUUCACCCCACUUCGGGCUGAGCUGAUGCGGACACUGAGGGAAGUCAGGCAGCCCAGGAGGAUCUUCAUUGGUCCCACCCCCUGCCCUUCCUGCGGCUCAUCACCGUCUGAGGAACUGGAGCUCCAUCUUUGCUGCUAGGGAAGGCGUGCCUAGCGGGGUAGAUACAUCCAAAGUUCUCUUCCAGGCACGUGGACACUAAAAUAUAGUAUGUAGGUGCAAGUUAUUUUUCUUAUUUCUUAUUUCUUUUUUAAUAAUUCUAAAAU